CUCACUCGACUACAUGUUUGAAUCGGAACUUUGCAGAGGGGGAUCUUUUCGACGAAAACCAAAAAGUACCGUAGUGACAAAACAGAUCAAAAAUCAGGGAUAUUUACAGCACGCAAAAUCCUAGAACCAUUCCCAUACUAAUACGGCGAGUUGCCAUGAUAGAAGUAGUCAUUGAUGCAAAGCUAAACCAGAUUCAUUGAGAUUUUAAAUUGAAUUUACAUAGUGUACAAUGAAGACAAUAACUGUGGUUCACUGCUGGUCGGCCCCAAGAAGCCGCUCCACUGCCUUACUAUACUCCUUCGAAGCACUCGGAGAUGACAAAUGCAUCCCAUUCGAUGAACCGCUGUACAGGGAGUAUCUCGAGGCGAAAAAAGAGUCACUGACUCGCCCUUACUUGGAAGAUCUCAUUGCAGGAACCCCGCCAGAGGGAGAAGACGACCCCGAACGAUGGAGAAGAGAACUGCUGUCCCUUUCUGAAAGACUCGAAUUGGGAGCUGCAAAACUGAAGGCCACACCCGGGGAAGGUGUCAUAUUUUGCAAGCACAUGGCAAAGCAUGCGUUCCUGUACGAUUUCGACAACGAAUACAAACUGACAGGAACUCCAGAAGUAGAGUUGCUACAUAGGCACGUCCUCCUGAUCCGAGAUCCGGUUACUGUGCUAUCGGCGUGGGGAGCGGUUGGAGAAGUGCACGGCAACAGCCCAUCGUCCGAAGAAAUAGGUGUUGUCUCUUUGAUGUCGAUUUACAGCGAAUUGGAGAGCAAAACAGAUCAGCCCAUUCUUGUGAUCGAUUCGGACGAGCUUGCAAAAGAUCCAAAAGGAUCUCUGUUGGACUUGUGCGAGCGUCUAUCGAUCGACUACAGUGACUCUAUGCUCUCUUGGGCAGAGGGUGAGCACAAAUGUGACGGUCCCUGGGCAAAGGUACGUCCACCAGAUUUUUCAGCGGUUCUUGAAUGCGUUUCUUGAAUUCGUUUCUUGAAUGAAAACAAAGACAAAAGUCGACGAGUUCUAAAAAUACCCAAUCAAUCGUUUCUUUGCAACUUUUUUCAGUGGUGGUAUCACAGGUAUGUUCGGAAAUCAUGUUUAAUUUUCUUGAAUCAUAAAGUCUAAUUUAUGUUUUCGUACGAAUAGGCCAAACUCAACAAUCUCUCUCUUUUUGUUAUAUGCAGUGUUCACAAGUCGACUGGGUGGAACUCAUCCCCAAAGAAAAAAUAUCGCACACUGAAUCCAGAACUGAUGCAAGGAUUGCAAAUCUCGAUGCCGGCUUAUCUAUUCCUUUCGCAUCUCACAACUCCCUAUCAAAAACGGGGCCCUCCUGCAAGUCAACUAUAUGAGGACCCACGAAACGAACAUUUACUCGUAUGGAUCGGAGCCCCUGGUUAUGGCCGUCUACUUCCUCGAUCUCAAGCUGGCGUCAGUCCAUGGGAUUCGUCUGUUCAGGGUGGUGAUGGAUGCUGGGAAGGUAUCAGAGGUACGUUGGCAGAGUUUUUUUGCUACAUUACCCAGUUUCAGUUCGUUUCUGCUGUCUCAACGCUGAAGAUUAUAUCUACAAUUUUAUUUGCUAGUUUACAAUGGAAGAAUUAUGUCCCUCGAUAAGCAUUUGAGAAGACUUUUUCGGUCUGCAAAGGCUUUGGGCUUUGAAAAUGUUCACACGAAAGAAGAAGUGACGGAAGCAAUCUUUCAAACUUUGGCGGCGAAUGGAAUGAGGAAUGAUGCACAUAUGCGUUUGACCCUCAGCCGCGGUGAAAAAUACACAUCUAGUAUGAACCCGGUCUUCAACGUGUACGGCACAACGUUAAUUAUCUUACCCGAAUGGAAGCCUACGGAAGUAAGUGACAUCGUUCUAUUUUUUUUAAAAGGGCACAGUUCAAUCGUAUUUUGGAUAGCUAACAAGUGAUCACUUCUUCUAAACUUUGUGCCACAGGGAGCGACUACGUACGACAACACGAAGGGGAUCUCACUGAUCUCGGCCUCGCAGCGACGCAAUUCUCCUUCUACCUGUGAUUCUAAAAUCCAUCAUAACAACAUGAUCAACAAUAUCUUGCCAAAAAUCCAGGCCAACCUCGCUGGAUGCGCGGACGCAAUCAUGCUAGACAUGGACGGGUACGUGAGCGAGACGAAUGCCACAAACAUUUUCAUGGUGGACGACGAAGGGGUGCUGCUGACCCCGCACGGGGACCACUGCCUUCCCGGAGUUACGCGAGGCACCGUGCUCGUGCUCGCCAAGGAGUUGGGCAUACCGCACGAAGUGAGACGGGUGAGCCUGGCCGAAUUCCACGCAGCGGAAGAAGUGUUCACGACGGGGACUAUGGGCGAGCUUACCCCCGUAACAAACAUAGAUGGUCGAGUCAUCGGGACGGGGGUUCGUGGGCCAAUCACAAAACAGUUGCAAGAUGCGUACAAAGCACUGCCUGCGAAACCAGAAUGGUCCACAGAGAUCCCGCCCUUUACCGAAAGCUGAUUGCAAAGAAAUUAUCGUCUCGGUCGGAGCGCAAAUCAAAUAAUAGGAAAUAUAUAUU